GCCCCCAGGGCUCCACCUUGGGCCCGGGCGUGAGGCGAAGCCGCCCCGGCCCCGGGCUGCCCGUGAGGGGCGAGCCCCGCCCGGCGAGGGGCGGGCGCUGCCCGGGGCCCGGUGGAGCUCUUGGGGGGGGGAGGUACUGAGGUGCCUUAAAAGCCAAACCUCCUCUCACAAAAUCCGAAAGGGAGCGAGGUGGGGACUUGUGGCUGCCCGGAGGGUUUUUAUUUGCCUCAGUUGUCAGCCGCGGAGCCUGGUCCCGCAAGGCCCGGGGCUCCAUCCCGUGUAGAUGUGAAGCUGCUGCCAGGAAAGCUCCAGCUUCAGAGGGACGCGUGAGGAGAUGCGGUUUUUAGGACACCACAGAAACAGCAGCUCUCCGACACGGGGAAGCCAGGAGCUGCCUGAGGGCUUUGGAAGGCUGCUUGAGUAAGAACGACUGCCUCAGGAUCCUCCCACCGGGAAAGCCGCCCAUGGACUGUAGGCACCUAGCGGAGAGCAGCAAGGAGACCUCCAGCCCCAGCUCGGAGCCCGAGGCCCUGCCACCCUCUGUGGGGCAGCGAGCCGGGGCGGCCCCGGGGCGACCCGCGGCUGCCAACGCGGCACGGGAGCGCAGCCGGGUGCAGACCCUGCGCCAGGCCUUCCUGGAGCUGCAGAAGACGCUGCCCUCCGUGCCGCCUGACACCAAGCUCUCCAAGCUGGACGUGCUCCUCCUGGCCACCACCUACAUCGCCCACCUGACGCGCAGCCUGCAGGAUGAGGAGGAGGCGCCGGGAGAGGGCCUGGGUGCCCUGCGGGGGGACGGGUACCUCCACCCGGUCAAGAAAUGGCCAAUGCGUUCCAGGUUGUACAUUGGAGCUACAGGACAAUUUUUGAAUCAUUCAGUACAAGGAGAAAGUGGAAGCCAAGGAGAAACAUCGACAAAUUCACAAAACUAAUCUCGUUUUGAAGUAAAAAAAAAAAAAAAAAGGUUAUUUAUUACACCAUAUAUAUAUAUUUAAGUUAAAAAAUCACAUCUACAGCAUAUAAUUCCUGAAGUACUGUUUGUGAAUCAGAAGGACUUGAUUCUUAAUUGUAGUUAAUAGCUCAGUAACUUAAUGUGGCUUAUUGUUGGUUUCUGUCAUAGAGGAUAUUGGUGGUAUCUGAACUGGGGGAACAGGAGAAGGCAGUAGCUGGCAGCACCAAAAUACAGCAGAGGAAGAGAGGCAGUAGUGGUAACAACAGGUAUUGUCAUCUAGUCCAGUACAGGAAGUUAACAGGUAAACUACAGAAAAAGGGGGGAGAAGGGGAAACGUGAUGUUGGCUAAGUAUAGUGCAAUACUAGGUUGGAAAAGAAAAGGGCCAACAAAUCUAGAAAUCGCAGUGAAAAUAACUGUGUGCACUUUCUUCACUGCAGGAAGGCAGUGGCCAAAAUGCGAGACAGCAGUCAGGACAGGGCUUCGUUGCUGAGAUAGUCAUAAGUGUAUGUAGUUACAGUUCGAAAAUGUAGGUGCAUGUUCACUUUAAGUGAAAAUGUGAAGAAAAAUAUUUACACACAUACAGCAAACACAGGGUGCUCUGCAGAUUAAAUGUAGUUAAAUAAAUCAAGUACUGCUUGUAUCGAUGCAUAUAUUUGUGUUGUGUGUGGCAGGGUUUAAAAUAUAAUUUAAGUGUUACUCCAGUAUUGUUACUUUUGUAUUCAAGGCAUCAAGGUUCAUUUAUGUUGUCUUUUUGGGGGUUCAUGCAUUGAAGGAAAUGAUGUGUAAGAGUUGGCUUGUUCAUGUCAGAUUUUUCACUUAAAUGUGUCCUAUAUUUAGGCAGGAAGAAUUGAAAUUAAAUGCACCAAUAAUGUCUAAUGUAUAUGUUCUGUAAAACACUGUACUUUUUAUAUAGUUUAUUGUUAACAUAAAUAUUAAAUAUUAUUCACCGGAUAUUAUAUAUGUAUUGAGUUACAAAGUGUGUAUCACUUCAGUUUGUCAUUGUAUAAAGCAGUUUCUAAUAAUAACAUUCUGCAUUUAUAGUAA